AUGUCCUUCAACAAUUUUGGCACAAGCUAUAACCAGGAAGAUCCUCUUGAAGAUCCAUUCACCACGAAGCCCGGCGAGUAUGAUCGCCGUUCAGCGCAAAACUACGAGCAAACUUUUCCCCAGACGACUUAUGACGCGAAUUUUGGUGCUGCCUAUCCCCAGAGUCCACAGGGGUAUAUUCCAGCUCACGUUACGACCCGCGCUGAAGACAUCCUUCCAAAGUAUGAGCAGACUCAAAGUCAUUUCCUCGAUGAAACGUACGAUGGAGACCUCUCUAAAGUCUCCUACUCGGAUGGACAAUGUCUUAGUCUACCCUCCAACAAUACUUACGGUCAGACGUACGACGACCAAUCCAGCAAUUUCUUUCCAGACGUGAAACCACCCGUCGAUGCGGGCAACUCGCAAUUGGGGGGUAUCAAAACCCCGGAACCUACGUUUGUCAACGCAAUCAGAUGGGAGCCACCAUAUCAGAUCACCAGAGCUACUGUCAAUCCAAACUUUGCAACUUCGUCGGCCCACCAACGUCUCCAUACUGCUCUUCAACCUGAUAACGAUUUUGAUCCGGGACUUUAUUGUGACGAGCGAGGAGAGCUUGACGAUGAUGAUCUGUUUGCUUUAGGUCAGGCGGAGGAAGAUGUGAACUAUUGGAUGGACGUUGACACAGCACCAGUAGGCCCUUCAAAUUACUCGACACCAGUGGACGAUCCAGCUCCAUCGACACCCACUCUAAGUCGUCAGGGUGGCUCAGAUACGUCAAUCACGCCAAAGCGUAUGUCACAAUCUAGUCGUGCUCGGCUUACGAUCAAGCGCCGCAACACGUCCGAGAAGAAGAAAAGUUUCACGACCCCAGAUCAGAAGAAAAAGAGAAACAAAGCCGAGUCUGCCCCAGCCGGUAGGCAGAGAAUCAAAUUUGAAAACGAUGGAACUCCAGGAAGGUCGGGUCCAGCUGGUAUCUACAAAGGCGUUUGCGACAUCAAUGUUCGCUUGCCGGAAAUGGAAAUUACAGACGAAGAGUUGAUCACGUUCUUCCCCAACUUACUCGUCCGUCAUAAACUCGCUGCCCGCCUCAUAUACCGUGGCUGGGGUCCUACUGAUAUUGCCGCCGUUCAAAGCACCCAUCGCACUGAAGAACAGUCGUACGCAUAUCUAUCCACAGUCACUCGCCAGCUGAUGCGCGGUGGCCUUGCCGUCAUCGGCUCCAACACUACCGUCGAAAGCGACGAUCGGUUCCGCCUCAACACCUGGCGCGCAGCCGUGAAGGCGGGUACAGCCCCUGCACCCACUCCAGACCAGUUGACGCUCUCGACCAAGCAAUUUAUGACCGCUGAGACCAGCGAGCACCGCGUCUCCGUGCCCGUCGAUGCCAGGCUCGCAGACUUUGGACGAAACGUCAAGCUCUGGCCUAAGAUCACCUCGGACCUGACCAUGCUGAUCCGCUGGGCAUACGAGAACCAGAAAAAGUAUAAGCUCAGCCAAGUACCUGAGCUCUUGUACCAUGCGCACACCUUCAAUGGUGGUGCUCCCAUCGACUUGCCAUGCGGGCCUGACUUGUCGCCUGAGCUGUCUGAGUCUUUCGCCAGCAGCGGCUCUGACAAUUCGCCUACUGCCCCCUAUGGCUCUGCUACGCGUCGUCUUCGCUCUCUGCGCGUCGGCUCUACCCCCGUGGCGCGUCGUGGUGAGGCCAAGGCAAAGUCCAAGGUCAAGCUCGAGUCCAAGCUCGAGGCCAAGGUCAAGUACCCGAUCGAAGGCCGAUGA